AUGGCCCUCGCGCCCCGAUCCCGCGCCGGCGACAGAGCUAGCCGCGACGGACGCCUUGGAGCCCCUUCCCCCGCAGCAGCUCGCGCCCCGGCAGCCUCCUGCCUUCCGCCCGCCGCCCUUCCGCCCCUACCCCCGGCGCUCUCCGCCCCAGCCCCCAACGAGCCGCCUUCCCCGGCUCCUCCACUAGGUGUGGCGGCGGCGGCGGCGGCGUCUCUGGCGGCUGAGAACGAGGCGGCUUUCCGCAGCCCCGGACGGGCGCUCGGUCACCUGAUCGGCGGCGCCGGCGCCCCCGCGAGGCCGGAUGGGGAACUGCGGCCUGCGAGCCCUGCGCCUGACCUAGCCGCCGCCGCUCUGGCUCUGUCUGGGCGCUCUCGCAGAACACAGCAGAUGUUGCGCUCCGCGAGGCGAGCAUCGCCUCUGCCAGCCUCCCCAGCCCAUCCUCAGUCUCCCCGCCAGGAGCCAGUUUGUGAGAGAGGAGGUCGGAAGUGAGGGUAAUUCAUGUC